AUGUUUAUUAUUAUCUUUAUUCUUUUUAUUAUAUGUAUCUUUUUUAUACUUAUACACUUCUUAUUAUAUAUCUUACUAUAUUAUCUUUACUUCUAUUAUAUAUGUUCCUAUUUAUACUUAUGUCCUACUUAUACUACUUAUACUACUUAUACUACUUAUACACCCUUAUGUAUAUGUAUGUACACCUUAUUAUGUCUUAUUCCUAUUCAUUUUCUUACUCUUUUCACUUUCUAUAUCCAAGCAUUCGUGCCCGAGUGGUCUAAGGGGGCCGUCUCAAGAACGGCUAUCGCAAGAUGCGUGGGUUCGAACCCCACCGGAUGCAUUCUUUUAUCUCCUCCUUAUAUACUCUCUAUUAUCCUAUUAUCCUAUUAUCCUUAUUAUCUCUCUUUUCUAUCCUAUAUCUCUCAUUUCUUCUAUCUCUAUUAUUACCUUAGGGGAUGUAGCUCAUUUGGUAGAGCUUUCGCUUCGCAUGCGAAGGGCAAGGGGAUCGAUACCCCUCAUCUCCAUUAUUAUCUAGAUAUCCUUUAUUACUUCUACUUAUAUAUCUAUAUAUCUAUAUAUCUAUAUAUCUUUAUAUGUUUAUAUGUUUAUAUCUUUAUAUCUUUAUAUCUUUAUAUCUUUAUAUCCCUUUCUUCUUAUGUAUACCUCUAUCUAUUUUAUUAUCUAUAUUAUUCUUUAUGUCUAUACCUAUAUAUGACUACUUGA